AUGUUGUGUGCAGGGAGCAGCGGGUGUGGGACUGGCUGGUGGAUGCAGGCAUGGGUGGUGACGCAGCAGGGAUCUCCCUUCCUCCUCUCCCUCGCUCAAAUCAUACUUUCUUCAUCUGCCGUGUACCCGCAUGACGUGUGCAGGGAGCAGCAGGUGUGGGACUGGCUGGUGGAUGCAGGCAUGAGUGGUGACGCAUCAGGAAUCCUCCUCUCCUCCUUGCAAGUCUCUCUCUCCGUCCUUCUCCUCCUCUCUCUCCUCUCCCUCGCUCAAAUCAUCUUCGCUCGAGUCAAGAACCCGACGAAGCCUCCCUUCUCCUCCUCGUUUUCCGAAUCAUUUCCCCUCCCUGCUUCCCCAUUCACCUCCUCUCCGUAUGGCAGGAGAAAGCAGGUGGAAACAAAGGAAGAGCUACAGCAGCUGCUAAUGAACCUAGAUGGUAAACUGGCAGCAGCAGCAGCUGCUGCAUUUGCUGCUGGUGGUUCUGCAGAUGGGGAGGGAAUGGGUGGGGGAGCAGGAGCGGACGGGGGAGAUGGAAGGGGUAUUGUGGGUGGAAGAGGUAGAGCAGCCGAAGGAGCAGCAGCGGCAGCAAGAGGAGGUGGAGAAGGAGGGGCAGGAGACAGAGGAGGGGAUAACUCUGCCUCUUAUCCGACGGGCUAUUAUCAGUUUCAACCAGAAUAUUUUGACCGCCUUCCUCCUAUCUCCCCACGUACCCUUGCCGAUUCUCUCAUUCCCACCACUCCCAAUAUCCCCCGCUCCUCCUCCCUAGGAGCCUCUGCCUCCCCCCUCCCCCCUUCCUCCUUUUCCCCCGCUUCCCCUCUCCGGUCCUCCUCUCCACCACCAUUCUCCACCCCUUCCCACCGGCACACACACACGGACGCCACUGCACCGUUCUUAACCACCCCUCAACGUUACAUCCUCCCUUCUUCUCUCUCCACACCUCCUCCCUCCACAGGCCACCCAGACCUCUAUAAUCCCUCCUUCACCUUCCCUCGCUCAUCCCUUCCCUUCGAUACAGUCACAUUGGACAACGCCCCAUCCUCUCCCCUUUUAGUCCACCCUAGGUUAACGCCUAGCCCCUCUCGGGCCGCCAUAGUGGGGAAAAAAGGUGAGGUGGAGAGAUUAAAGCCCAUGUUGCCUGAAGAAGAAGAGGAGGGCUUUAAGCGCCUGGGGGUGCUGCAGUGGAGGGACACGUGGCGCGAUGGGAUUCGCCAAUGGUUUUCACAGCACCUGCUGAAGGCGCUGGUGAAGAAGAUCGAGGCGGCGCCUAGCAAGCUGUCAGCAGCAGCAGCCCCUCUUGGCCUCUCCCUCUCCCUCGAACCUCUCCACAGCCUCGGAAACUCCGCCGUACCUCCGCCCGCAGGCUCGGCAGGUUUGGCCCAGACCUCCACCCCAGGCUCGGCAGGAGUGACAGCAGGAGGCAGCUCUGGUUUGGGCGUGGGAGGGUUGGGAGGAGUGGAAGGAGGGGGAGUGGAGGAGGUGGGGGGAGGGGGGAGAGUGGUGGUGGUGCAGGGGAGUGUGAUGGGCGAGAGGGAGGGAUUGCAGCAAGUGAAGGGGGUGCUGCUACAGUUGCUACAAUCGGCCAAUCAAGCAGGUGUGAUAGUGACAGGUGUGAUAACGGUUGCCAGUGUGUUUGUGGAAGCAUGUGUUACCGUAGGUGCAGGUGUGAUAGGAGGUGGGGGGAGGGGGGAGAGUGGUGGUGGUGCAGGGGAGUGUGAUGGGGGAGAGGGAGGGAUUGCAGCAAGUGAAGGGGGUGCUGCUACAGCUGCUGCAGUUGGCCAGUCAAGUGCUGGGUCCAUGUUGAUUUUUGAGGCGCCUCAAAGAUCACAGGUGCUGGGUCCAGCCCCACCUGCAGGGUCCAUUUUCGGCCUGCACCAGCCGCAGCAGCAGCAGCAACAGCAGCAGCUUGAGGCACAGAAGGAAGCUGCAAGGAACCUUCUGGCAGCCAUAGCGGACUACGAGCAUCUUAGGGACGUCCUUAGAGGCCACUGGGCCAAGGGGCUGCUGCCACGUGGCAGCAUGCCAUUGGAAUACAGCACUCAACGAAUCAAAGCCCUAGCAGCAGGGUCCUGUCUGCGCUGCUUCCAAUGGUCAGCAGGAGGAAGCUUCCUAACACGGGACACCACCCGUACCCCCACCACUAGCUCCUCCCCCGCCGCUGCCAUACCCAGCAGCACCACUGCUUCUGCCACCCCUACGCACCAUUCCCUCCACUCCUCCUUUCCCCCUGAAGCUCUUUCCCCUGCCCCUAGCUCGCCUGCUCCAUCAUCCCCUUCCUCUUUCUCCCCCUCUCAACCCUCCUCUGUUUCAUACUCCUUACAAGCUGCUCCAGAAGGCGUGUUCCUUGUGCCCUGGACUUCUGACCUCCCCACUGAUGCCCAUCUACUGGCCUAUCUCUUUGCUGCACACCUGUCUCAUCCCCAUUGGCUGGAUGACUACCUCCAAUCGCCACUGCCACAGCAGCAGCAACAGCAACAGGUUUCUGCAGCUGCUGCUACAAUGCCGGCUACAGCUGCUAGCUUCGCCGCCCAAAAUCCCCUCGUCGUGGGUGGCUCUCUCCCUCGUGACAUCCUCGUGCCGCUUUCGUCCUCUUCCUCCUCUCAGUCACCCUCUGCCCUUCUGGGCGGCAGGUUCACGGCCAUUGUGGGAUCGAUUCCACCAGCUAAUGUUAGGGUGCCACCUGGCGCUGAUGUGCUUGUGAUAACAAGGGAUGCACCUCCUGUUUUCGUCCUUUUCUGGGAAUGCCAGCCGUCCUUCUGUCUACAGGGGAGGUUUGCAUUGUGGGAUGCUGUUUUGUUGCUGUGCCUUGGGGUGCAUUUGCACCAAGGUGGCGUAAUUGGUGAUGUUAGCCUGUCUUCUCCAUCUCUGGCGCUUUCUACUGUAAUGGUGCCCGUCAUACCUCCAAUUAGCUCUUGA